AUGGGUAGUGUCACAGGGAACAUAUUUACUAUCAUUUUUAGUGUGGAAUUCAUAAUAGGAAACUUAGGAAAUGGAUUCAUAGUCCUGGUGAACUCGCUGGGCCUGCUCAACAGCAGGAAGAUCUCUGUAGCUGGUCACCUGCUCACUGCUUUGGCAAUCUCCAGGAUUGGUUUUCUCUGGUUAAUUUCCACUAAGUGGUACAUGUAUGUGUUUUAUCCAAAUUUCUGGAUGAAUUUAAUAUUGCUAAGAACAAUGUAUAUGAUUUGGAUUAUAACUUGUCACUUUAGCAUGUGGCUUGCUACAUGCCUCUGCAUUUUUUGUUGUCUAAAGACAGCAACUUUUUCUAAUUCUAUCUUCCAUUACUUUAAGUGGAGAGUUAAAAAGAUGGUUUCAGUGACAUUGCUGGUGUCUCUUGUUAUCUUGGUUGUAAAUGUGUCUUACAGCCCUAAUUUCCAUGACUUUCCUGAAUUUUUGCAACUUGCGUUGAGCAACACCAUAUUCACACUCAUGGCCUUUACACUAUCACUGACAACAUUCCUCACGCUCAUCUUCUCCCUGUGGAAAUAUCUGAAGAAGGUGCAGCACAAUUUCCGAGGGUCCAGAGAUGUGAACACCACAGCCCACAUAAAGGCCUUGCAAACUGUGGUUGCCUCUUUCCUACUGUAUACAAUUUUCUUUCUGUCGAUUUUUAUACAACUUUGGAGAUAUAAGUUCCCAAAUAGUCUUUAUUUUUACUUUUGUCAGACUGCUGAAAUUGCUUUUCCUUCAUUACACUCAUUUGUCCUAAUCCUGGGAAAUAGUAAACUGAAACAGGCCUUUCUUUCAGUGUUAAGUUGGCUGAAGAAUUGGUCCAAAGAUGUUGAACCUUCAGGUGCGUAG